AUGGUGCUUCAAGGCAAAUCCCUCUACCGGACUGCUGUCACUGCAGGCAGCCUCGGCUUCAUCACCUUUGGAUGGGAUGCCGGUGUUCUGGGAGGUGUCCUCCUCACCCCAGACUUCCAGGAGGCCAUUGGCUACCCCAACACGACCAUUAUCUCCAUGGUCACUUCAGUCUUCCUCCUGGCAUCAUGGCUGGGCUGCAUCAUUGUCUCAGUCUUCGGAAUGAAGAUGGGUAGACGAAGUUGGGUCAUUGCCGGCGAAGCCGUACAGAUCAUUGGUUCCAUCAUCAGCGCAACCAGCUACAGCUACGGCCAAUUGAUUGCCGGCCGCGUGUUGAUUGGCGUUGGCAAUGGAUUUUGCACGUCCAUGAUUCCUGUUUAUGUUGCAGAGAUGGCCAUCAGUGUCGAUGUCCGCGGAGCGUCCGUCAACCUCAUGAUUUGCUCUGCGGCCGCUGGCAUUGCGCUUGCUUACUGGGUUGACUUUGGAAUGACUUUCACCGUCGGCCAGGUGGUCUGGCGAUUCCCUGUUGCUCUCCAGAUCAUGUGGUCGCUCCUCACCGUGGCCUUCCUCUGGCCGACCCCGGACACUCCUCGCUACUACUACGCCAAGGGAAGAAACGAACAGGGCGACGCCACCCUCGAGCGUCUGUACGAGAAGGCGUUGACCGACUCCGAGGUCCAGCAGUCCAGGAAGGACAUCCUAGCCUCGAUUGAGCUGGAGAAAGUUGCCACUGCCUCGCUCCGUCUCAAGGACUUCUUCUGGGAUACUUCGGAUCUGCAGGCUGCACGCCGUAUUCGCACCGGCGUCAUCCUCGUUGGCAUCGGCUACAUGAUCGGUACUGACAUGGUCUACUACUACAUGACGACAAUCUUCCAAACCUACAUUGGACUACCGGCUGUGACAGCGUCUGCGCUUUCCGCGGUUGCCACCACUGUACUCACAAUCACCAACUUUCUGGGCGUAACGUUCAUGGAGAAGCUGGGCCGUCGCACAUGGCUCAUCGUCGGCGCGAUUGGCCAGACAAUCUUCUUCGCAACAUUCACAGGCUUGAUGUCGAGUCCAGGUGCAAAGACGGGAGCCGCUGCGGCAGCCAUGCUGUUCUGUUGGAUCGCUGUUUUUGGGCCGACAUGGGGUCCUGUCCCGUAUGUGUACAGCUCAGAGAUCAUGCCCCUCCGAUACCGCCACAUUGGCUUCUCUCUUGCCGUCAGCGCGCAAUGGCUCUCGGCAUUCCUGACCACCUUCGCCGGACCCAUCGCUAUCGCGGAUGUGACCGUGGGCUGGAAGACGUGGAUCUGGUUCCUGGUGUUCAACGCCAUUGCUGGCCCUUAUGUCUACUUCUGCUGCCCCGAGACCCGUGGCCGCACGCUCGAGGAAGUUGAUCUGAUCUUCAUGUCCGAGAGGCUGGAGAAUACCGCCGCCGCCAAGCAGCUCCACCAUGGCGGCUCCGUCUCUGGUAGCAGCACAACCGAAGACGCUGCUGAGCAGGGUUCCGUCAAGCUCAACAAGGAAGGUUAA